CACGUGCGGAGAGUCGUUUUCGUUAAUGUGCUCCGCCGUCGGUUUAAUUAACAGGAGAGAGAGAGAGAGAGAGCGGGCGAGAAAGAGGCAAAAUAAAGAAAAAAAGAACAUCGCGUUUCCUCAGGAGGAAAGAGAAAAAUGAAGGUAAAGACGACGGAGGAAGGGAAGAGUGACGAAAGGAAGGCGGGAGAGUGGUGGCGGAGGAAGACGGGCAGGGGUUAUCCACAAAGUCAAGUGGUUUAUUAUUCCCCGUGAGGCUCCUCAUUAAUACUGACCCUCCCUCCCGACUGGUCCUGAGACAGGGAGGGAAUUCCUGGUCACGCCCGCUGCGCGAUCUUCACCGAUUAGAGGGCAGUUAAUUGGCACUCUGGGGGGGUCGGGGCUGGGUACUCUCAGUCAUCGCGCCCCACCGGCCUGGUCCUCGGACCGACUUCACACGCUGCCAGUCCGGAGGGCACAGCGGCACCAGAACAGGCCGGACCGGAAAGAGAAACGGCGCUGCCGGCGCAGCUGUGGAGGGUGCCGGGAGCGGUCAGGACGGAAGUUUAGAAAAGCACGGAGCCCGGAGAAGGAGAGGCGUCGGAAAAUAAAAUCAAGAGCGUGUCUUUUCGGGGUUGUUAUGUUUUUUUUUUAAGUGAGUGACUCGAGGGGUGUCGCUCGGUGAGGUGGCGUGUCCCGGGAGACCCAGCCUCGCCGGCGCGCGUGCGGGUGAGCGCGGCUCUCACAGGUGUCGAGUUCGGAGAGCGGGUGCGCGUGGGAGGUCUGAGCUAAAACAACACGAGAUCGGACUGGGAGCCGGCUCGUCUUCUUAGACCCUAACCCCCCCCAAAACACACACACACACACUCACACACUCCUCCUGACAGCCUGUCCUCAGACAGACCCCCCCACUCCCCCCUCCUGCCCAACCCAGCAAGAAUCUUCGCAGCCCGAAGAAGCCAGUCGCUCUCUCAGUCUCCGGCGCCACAGACACUUCGUGGAAAGGGCUGUGCGCGACUUUUUCCCUCUCGUGUCGCUUCUUUCCCCUUAGUGGGCGGGUUGGGGAUCUUCCACUCCACGUACACGCUCCCACGCAUUGCGUUGUGGACUGUAGGCUCUACCCGCGCUGAAACCUACAGUCCAGCCCGGAUUCGCUUCGGCUUCGGCUUCGGUUCGGAUACCGUCGCGGAGCAGUGGGCGAGUUUUUAUGCUUAUUCGUGUAUUUUGAGUGUGGUGGUAGAUAAGAAGCCGACUGGGGAGAGGAGAGGAGAACUAGCAUCGACAAGUUCAAACACUUCGAAAGGGCGCCUCGCACGCUCCGCCCGGGGUCCGAGAGAGCCCCACGCUGCGUGCGCGGGGAGUUUGCGGGGCACAGAGCCGGACCGCUCCCCGCAUCGCCCAGGCGCGUCUCCGCGCUGGCCCUCGGCAGAGCCGCAGCACAACAGAAACCCCGACCGCCCCCCCUCCACUCCAAUUCCUCCUCCACGCCGUCUUAGGAAGGACACAUCAUCGGAAGUUCGGGAACAAUCCGGACGGCGCUUGCGGCAGCCAGGCUUGGACUCUCCGAGCCUCCGAUCCCCUAUCGCCUGCGCAGGAGGACGCCGCCUGAUUUUCAGGACUUCAGACCCGGUCGGCUGGUUAGGUUUGGAGUUCCUAUUCGUAGGGAAGACUAGACCCCCAUUCUUCCGGGCCGGCCAGUGGAUUCGUAGAGCAACAGCAUGGAAACGGGGGAGCAGUCCGGGUGAGCUGUCCUGUGUCUACAGCCUGCACUCGGAGCUGGUGUCAGGGCCAGUGGCCCAGCCUGGAUUCCCCUGCAGCUGGUUUAGGCUGCUCCUCCCCAAGAAACCCCAGCCGUUAGAGGGAAUAAGCUGCUGUAUCCUGAGCCAGAGGAAGGCACAGGGGGCAGAACGCCGCGACGCGGGAAGGGGGGAGAGUUCCUCUGUGGUGAAGAUCAGACGAGAGGAGCCGGUUUAAAACUGUCCCAGAACAACACCGAUGUCCUACUGCCUUUCUCUUCAGUCCGGGAGGGAAAAAGAUUAAAAGCCACUGCUCCAUCCCGACGCUCCGGACCUCGGCCUGGCCCGACGGGUCCUACCACACCCAAGCCGGCUCUGCGGCUGCCCUUUGACCUCAGGCCUCUGACCUUUGACCUUUGGCCGCCUUGCCCGCUCUGCCUCUCCCUCCCUCCUUCCUCCGGCUUUGAGGAGCUGAGCUGCCGGCUCCCCCCCACCAGGCCGUGAGCCGGCGGGACCGCCCGGCCUGCCCCCCCGCACCUCCCGCGCCCCGCCCCCCCCAGGCAGACACCAUUGCGGCGAAGGGCGAGGACGACUUCCUCACGCUGGCUGCGUCUCGGCUCAGCCGGCGGAAGCGGGUCAUUGGCGCGGCGGUGGGCGUGGCCAUGGUGCUGGUGCUGCUGGUGGCCAUCCCGCUGCUGGUCCACAGCACCAAGGCAGGAGGGGCGGGGGGCGGCGGCACGCACUACGAGAUGCUGGGCAGCUGCCGCAUGGUGUGCGACCCCUACACCCCCCCGCAGGGCAGCCAGGAGCUGGCCGCCGUCUCGCCCCCUCCCUACCUGCCUGAGCCCGGCCGCGACCACACCGGCCGCCGGGGCAAGUCGGGGUUCAGGGGGUCCCCCGGGCUGCCGGGUCCCCCCGGUCCCCGCGGCCCCCCGGGAGAGCCGGGCAAACCCGGACCCCCGGGGCCCCCGGGCCCGGGCCCAGGCGGGUACAUCCCCUCCUUCUACAGCCCCAAGAUCGCCUUUUACGCCGGCCUGCGCAAACAGCACGAGGGCAGCGAGGUGCUCAAGUUUGACGACGUCGUCACCAACGUGGGCAACUACUACGAGCCCACGACCGGCAAGUUCACCUGCCCGCUGCCCGGCAUCUACUUCUUCACCUACCACGUCCUGAUGAGGGGCGGCGACGGCACCAGCAUGUGGGCCGACCUCAAGAAGAACGGACAGGUGCGGGCCAGCGCCAUCGCGCAGGACGCCGACCAGAACUACGACUACGCCUCCAACAGCGUCAUCCUGCACCUGGACGUGGGGGAUGAAGUCUGCGUCCAGCUGGACGGGGGCAAGGUCCACGGGGGCAACACCAACAAGUACAGCACCUUCUCCGGCUUCCUCAUCUACCCCGACUGAGAGCCCGCCCCCUGCUGGAGCCCCGGGGCAGGGCAGGGCAGACAGGCGCCGGGCCGGGCGGGGGCGGGGGAGGGGGCUGACCGCGCUGUGUGCCCGGGGUAGCCGUGUGCUCCGGGACCGACCCCGCCGGAGCUGGCAUUGCGGCGCUCGGCUGACAUGUUUGAACUCUCCGGAAAUAGUGUUUGCAGUCUGUAAUCUCUCAAUUCUCCCCUGUGUUUAUUUUAGAAAGUUCACUCAUACAGCGGAGUUAAAAUGACCUUCAAAUCGGACAUUUUCUUUGCCUUUCCGUCCUGUUCAAGGCACAAUCACAUCCAUUAAGAACACAAUCCAUCAUAAACACAGACGUGCACACACCGGGGCUGGGAUGAAUUAGUCUCGGCUCUUCUGUGGACUCAUUUGACCCGAAGUGAGGCCGUUUACUGUCCGCAGGAGUCACCGGCGUGUCCGGCCAGCGGUAAGUAAAUGCUGCCAGCCCUCCAAUACUAGUACUGACUCUCCGGCUCGGCGGAGACAAUGAUUUCCGAUAUGUACCGCGAUAUGUCCCCUUAACCAGCAGGGACGUGUUUAACUAAUCGUAUCGACCUCUGUGCACCUCAAGCGCGCCGCGCCGGGACAGUACUACAGUGUAUUGAUCUGCACAGAGGGUCUGUCGGUCUACCUGACCGCCAGGUGGCCGGUCGAUCGGACCACCGGGAUCGAUAGCUCCUUCACCCCCGGACACGAUGCGCGCCACCGGUGACCGACUGCAAACAGUCAUUUCUCGGUUUGCUCGAGGUGACUCACGGUGCAACCGUGAAAGAUUUUAUUUUUAAGAAGUCGUGAGUUCGUCGGUCUUGAAUUAUUAGCAACCUGCAUAUAUGUAUAUAUCCUGUAUGUCGCAGCUGGGGACUUGUCUUUAUCCUCCCUCCCUCCUCACAAGAAGCAAGCCGGUUAUCUUUCACAGCCGAGACGGAGAGAGCGUUUCAGUUUGUACCGUAAGGAAUGUGCUCGUUCUACCAGUCUUGUCGUCGUCGUGGUUUUACCUUACAGCGGAACUAGAAAAUGUCAAAAGAGCCUUUUUUUUAUUCCCCGCUCGCUGUGGGAGAGUGUGUGUGGUUCUGUAUGAUACCCGGGGUACGUCGCUUAAGCGUGUCGAUAUGUACGCGCAAGCUGCGGUUCGGAGAGGCGCGUCUCUACAGCCCGGCUCCCGGCCUCGCAGAGACACAGUACAGUACUGGGUGACAGAACCUCUGCUGCCGGGCCGGGCCGGGCCGGGCCGGGCCGGGCUCUUUCCGGGUCACGGUCGGGAUUUCCGUGGCCUGCUGUCAAAGCGUUUUGCUCCGGCGCCCCCCGUCGCUUGCCGCCCUGUACUCUGUUCAGAGCCCCGAAACCGUGCUGACACGAAAGACAUUUUACUGUCCCCUCUGUUUCUCACGCAGUCAUGGGGUACUUGUCUGUGUGGAGUCUGCAUGCCCCCCCAAUUCCGCGUGGGUUUCCUCCCAGCUUCCAAAGACACGCUGGCUAUAAUCAGUGUUUCUAACUUGUCCCUGCGAGUCCCGCUCUGUGUUUAAACGGCUCCGGGAACAAGCGGCACCCUGAUAUUUAACGGGUUUGGCUUCUCUCACACUGGUCUUGGCUCAACACCUGUUGUAAAUAAUUCGAGGAAACGCUGCUCUGGAUCAAAGAAGAAGCGCCGUGUGAUGGUAGUUUCGCUGUGGUAAGUCUGCACAGCCGGCUGUUCGCGCUGUACUCGCGCUGUGGACCUGGCCCGGCGUCCAGAACGGCUCGAGGAGGGGUCAUCUGGGCUCGCUGACAGCUCUUCUACAGAACCAGUCUGGAAGGUUAAGAGGCGACUGUGUGAUGGAACGGGAGUCUACGUGCGCGAUCACGCACGAUCACGCCGCUGCUGGGACAGCGCACGCAGGGUCUCCCGAAUGCUCACGCACAAGACGUCCUUGACCUGCUGGGCCUUCACAGAGUGCCGUCGGCGCAGGUUUGUAAAGUGGCUGGGCAGCGCCACCCAGAGGACAGUGAAGAGAGUGGAAUCCUUGGCUCGGAGGGACAGAUCCACGAGCUAAAGGUUACAGCUGGGGUGUGAAAGCACGGGUAGGGGGCGUGGGCUCGGCCACAGAAACACAAUAGGAUCCGUUAGCUGUGUGUGCAGUUUGGGUUUGUCCAGGCGUUUGGAACGAGCGUCAAAGUGGAAACACGUCACGCUGACGGGGACGGACACGGCAGGGCUGGAGAGCUUCUGCGUGUGCGCCCCAUCCUCAGCGCGUCACCCCGAGGGAUUCGUGGACCGUGGGUGGGAUUCUGUUGCCAACGGAACGAUCUCACUGAUCUCACUGUGUUCCGGCGGCUGCGUCAUAGUGCGAUUGGCGUCAUAUUGCGGUGACGCCACUGCCGCGAGAGCCGCUUGUUACGUGCUUUCAGCGCUUAACACAACAUAGUGAUCAGAGCGAUAUGUGACAGUACACUCGGGGAGUUUUAAUGAUAUUGGCUCCGUAUGUCUAUGUCAUUUCUCCCCGUGGUUUCCAUAAUUCAUGAAAGAGAAGGUUGUGAUAAAGGGUUUGAGUCUCGGAGUGAAGUAGAUAGCCCUGCAUGUUCUGUGUUCUCCAGCUCUUUCGUCAACGGCAACAAUGAGAAAAUAACUGCUGAAAUCGUAAUGCAAAUGAGCUGGUUUCUUCUUUUUGUGUUUAACUGGGUCUGCUCCCAUGCUGAAGGCGCCCUGCUUGAAGAGGCGUCUAACCAGGCCGCUCGGCAGCCUGGGGUCCAGACCUCUGCUUUGAGCAGCCCGAACGAGAGGGAAUCGGGCCGGUGGGGAGUUUUCUCUCGGGGGUUCUGACCUCUGUGUGUGUUUCGAGCGAGAUGGAAGGGCUCCACACGCCUGGUGGAGAAACCUGAGAGCUCGAGCCACAUGAGAAAUCUUCUUCAUUGCUUGAAUGACGUGUUCUGUCAUUUCUCUUAUUGUAAAAUACUGCAUUGAGAUCUCUGUUUCACCUGUAACAGUGUAUGAUAGCUAUUUAAGAUGAUGUUUAUUAUUAAUGGUAUGGAUUGAUUGAUGUUACUGUGCCACACGAGCAGUGUGUGUGUAUCCAAGAAAUUUAUCUGCCUUAUUCUGAAUGAUAUCUCAAGAAUAAACCUCGUUAUAACA